UGACUUCCUGUCCGGACUGAAGGCUGCUGGGAACAGCUUGCUGUCACCAUAGACAUACUACAGUCUGUGUUUGUCACCGCCUGGUCUCGUCUGCUGUCCAGGCUCAGUUCAGCUUCAACGAGCCUGAUAUCGAUCCUGGAUCAGAGCAGUGACGUCACGGAUCCACACAAACCAUUUCAAAACAAAGGCAGCUCCAUUUUACCCGCUGCUCAGUCCUCUGUUCCCGCGGUGACCACACUGCACUGCGCAGGCGCCGACCGCCAGCCCGUCGUCAUGGAGAUGAUUUGUUGCAUGAGACCAACAAGGAUCCUAAAAACAGCUGAACACACAGAGAGCAGAAGCACGAGGAGUCAAAGGUGCUGCAGGUGAUGGCGAGGUCGGAGCGUGAUGUCAUCGACUUCUCUGCGCUAGAGAGAGAGCUGCAGAUGGCAGUUGAGUCUGAGCGACGAUAUCAGCGAGAGAACGAAGCGAAACUGAGAGCUGUCAGUCAGAGAGUCGCCUCCUACAGCCAGUUCAGAGACCUGGUCCUGUCUUGUCACCUCAGGCCUCUGGACAAGAAAGACAAAGAUGGAGCUUCACGGAGACAGCCCUGGAACCCUGUUGCCCCGAGCAACAAGUGAUGUCCGGUCGCCCUGAGCAACAAGUGAUGUCUGGUCGCCCCGAGCAACGGGGAACAUUCUGAUUGUUUUUAAUACUUGUAACUUUUUUUUCUGAUGUGAAUAAAACAUGUUUGUGUUUUUAACCUCAGACAUUUAUUACUAUUAUUAUUAUUAAUAACAGCUGACUGAUU